UUCAGAAAAAAAAUGCACAGCUUGACUUACUCGUAUUGAAUACUUCUGCUGUCAAUAAUAAACAUCUAAUGAAUAUCAAUUGUGAAUGAAGUUUACCUACUAUUAAAACAGAUUGUAAUAAUUCUACUACAUUAGAGCUCAGAUUGAGAAAACGAAGGUGGAAAAUAUGAAAAAAGGUUUGUUUCCAGAGCUAGCUCAUAUACAGAAACUAAAGGAAUGGAAUGACAUUGAUUUUCUUGAGUGUCCGGGAAAAAGACCAAAUUUAGCAACAAAAGGGGUAGUUGGCUAUUUAAAAUAUGACACCCUUUUUCCAACUUUUGAAGAUUAUCCAGAACUCUCAAAGCCAAUAUCAUUAAGGGUUUAAAUCCACCGGCAGAUUGAUCGAAAAUUAAAAAGUGUCUUUUGACUGUCAAAUCUAUAGCGAAGGUUGUUCAUUUGAUUUAGCAAUUGGUGUCACCAUCUUGAAAC